GGUAGCGAUGACCGAAGACGAGAACAUCCCGUUCUCGUUUCCUCCGGACGCUUGGGUCGAGAGGCCUCCGUCGUGUGUGAACUUCUCGCAAGACGAAGUGUGGCGGUACAUGCAAGCCAAGCCUGACACCCUGCUUCAGGCCCAUCGCGGUUGGGCUUUCAAGGAGGAAGGCUACGUACGCAAUGUUCGGUGGAACCUGUCGGACGAUUCUCGGACGUGCCUUGUCCGAUGCGUGUGCCUGCCUUCCAUGAAGAAGGCACCGUAUACUGUCUCCGCGUGGUUUACGAGGGACACCGGCACCGUCAGAGGCGGCAUCUGCAGUUGUGUUGCUGGGAAAAGCGGGUGCUGCCAGCACAUCGUAGCGCUACUUCUCUGUGCAGAGGAGAGCUGCAACACGACCACGGCAACCUCUUGCACCGACGUUCCCUGUUCUUGGAUUGUUCCAGCUCAAGCCAAGAAGCCCGCAGCUCCUGCACCGCUUGCAGAUAUUACGUUCAGCAAGUUCCUGAUCAACAAGCCGACUCAUCAGAAGAAAAGCCGUUCGUAUGACCCUUGUGAAGGAGUGCCUGGCCCGUCGCACGAGGACAUCACGAAGUUCUAUGGGAGGCUGGCUGAAAUAAGACCAAAUCUUCUUUGCCUGAGGUAUGGCAACGUCAUGCCAGUGAAAGAAGCGAGGCACACAGGAGCGAUCCCUCAAAUCGACGAUGAACAGGAUCUGUGGAGCCAGGAGGCCCGGAAGCUUGUACAGCACCACAUGCAGACACUGCCACAACUGACUGCCGAAGAGAGGGCUGGCAUUGUGACCUCAACGAUCGGUCAAGCCUGCAACCAGAGGUGGCACAGUGAGCGACUUGGGAGGAUAACGGCAUCACAGUUUUCUGCUGUGAUUAAGUGCAGAGAGCCUGACUACCUUGUGAAACGGAUCAUGUAUCCUAGCCCAGAAGCAAAGAGUGAGGCACUGCAUUAUGGAAGGAUGAAGGAGCCCGUUGCUGUUGCCGCCUACGUCGCGCUCAUGAACUGCAGGGACGACCCAGUACAGGUGUAUGAGACCGGGCUACACAUACAUCCGCGCUACAGCUUCCUCGGAGCGUCGCCCGACAGGAUCAUCGUCAAGAACGGCGAAGUAGGGCUUCUUGAGGUGAAGUGUCCCAUCUCGAAGAUUGGGUUAACACCCGAGGAGGCCUGCGGAGACGAGAAGUUCUGCUGCGAGUUGAUCGAUGGAACCGUGCAACUGAAGCACAAGCACGCGUUCUACUACCAGGUGCAAGGACAAAUGAUGGUGACUGGGCACAGGUGGUGCGAUUUUGUUUUCUGGACGAACAACACCACUGACGCCAAUUCGACGCACAUUGAGACAAUCACCCUAGACGAGGAGUUUGUCAGUAAGGAGCUGCUACCUGGCUUGCUGUAUUUUGCCGAGCAUGCUCUGUUCCCCGAGGUGAUCACUAAACGCAUCCAGCGACACAAGGACCUGGCUAGGGGAAAGUAUGUCUCCUUCAAGAAGUUUCGUGAGGGAACCUACAGGGUGGAGGACGGUCCUGGCUUAAAGAAAACAUUCAGAAAACUGAAGUGAAGUGGAGACUGAAUGACCACAAAUGCAAAACGGCCCUUGUGUGUGUCGGAAUUGUCGUGAGAGCCACAGCACGAAGAGGGCGCCACAAGCCAGACGACAAAGAAGCCAGCGAGAGGGCUGAGUGCGAGAGUAUGGGUCGGAGAACGCCAACACGACGGACGCACGGAGACUGAUGUGCGGGCUCACUGCUCAUGUAACGUAUCGUUAACUCGAAUUAAACGCUUCGUUUACGCCAACCUCGUCCCGACAUGGUGGCAGCGGUGGGAUGCUGUGGAAGACAAGUCAACUAGCUACAACAGCAACCGCUCCGGGGAGGCAAGGCACGGGAACGCUCGGAAUCCGAAA